AUGAAUUCGACCAAUAUACCAGCGAAGAACGAGACAUCAACAUUUGAAGGAAGUGGAAAUCCCAACACGUUUGCUUUUAUUAACGGAAUCUUAAAUGCUCCGUUAAUGCUGAGUUCCAUUAUCGGAAACGCUUUAGUUUUUGGGACCAUUUUAGCAACUCCUUCGCUUCGUUCAUCAACUACCGUCUUGCUUUGCAGUUUGGCUCUAUCAGACUUGCUUGUCGGACUUGUGGUACAGCCUCUUUACAUUGCUAAACAGCUAGAUAUUUUUAACAGAUCCCGCCUCGUCGAAAUCAUGGAAUUUGCCCUCUGUGGUGUUUCGCUCUGUACAGUAACAGCUGUGAGUGUGGAUAGAUUCGCUGCACUGCAUUACCAUAUGAGAUAUCCUACUGUAGUCACCGUUCAAAAGGUUUUGUACAUAUCAGGCUUAAUUUGGCUCGGCGUAGGUCUCUUAUCCGGAUUUUACUUCUGGAGCAAGUAUUAUUUUUACCUGGGAGUAUCCAUUUCCAUUUGCAUUUGUUUGAUUUUCUCCUCCUACUCCUACUAUCGGAUCUUUCGAGUCGUUCGACAGCAUCACAUACAAAUUCAAGUUCAGCAACAUGUAAUGGAAAGCGUAGAUCUCAAUGUCACAAGCAUGCUUCGAUUACAAAGGAGUGCUGUGAACACUUUUGUGUUUUACUUUGCAAUCAUUGUGUGCUAUUUGCCAUUGCUUGUUUCUCUAUCACUGAAUUUCUUUUCUAAAAAGCUCUGGUCAAAAGUGUGGGAACUCGCGGAUACCGUUGUGUUUUUAAACUCUUCUAUCAAUCCAGUUCUAUAUUGUUGGCGCUUAACAGAGCUUAGAAUCGCAGUAACGCAAACGAUAAGGCAAAUUUUAUGUAGAACACCGCAGGGGAACUAA